AUGAUGAUGAUGGGAGGAAACAACCAAAUGAGUGCUCAAAGCGAGGACGGCGGGUCGUCAGGUGACAAUGGCAUGAGUAACGGCAACAACGGAGUGAGAGGAGAUGGUAUGGUGUUGAAAAAGGGCCCGUGGACGACGGCGGAGGAUGCGGUAUUGACGGAAUAUGUGAGGGUGAACGGCGAAGGAAAUUGGAAUUCGAUACAAAAGAACACCGGGCUGGCCCGGUGUGGGAAGAGUUGUAGGCUUAGAUGGGCUAAUCAUUUAAGACCUAACUUGAAGAAAGGACAUUUUUCUCCGCAAGAAGAAAGGACGAUUAUUGAGUUGCAUGCUAAGAUGGGAAACAAAUGGGCUCGGAUGGCUGCUCAGCUUCCGGGAAGAACUGACAACGAAAUCAAGAACUAUUGGAACACAAGAAUUAAGAGAAGACAACGUCAAGGCCUUCCCCUUUACCCUCGUGAUAUCCAUCCCCACUAUUCCCAGUACCCCCACCACCUCCACCACAACUCGCAGCCUCAGAUGCUACUCCCUGCUCCUCUUCCGACUACCGCCACCACCGCGACCUCUUGUUUCUCCUUCCAAACUCCCAUCAUGUCUCUCCACACCUCAAUGAUGCCCUCAUCACUUCACCCUCUCCACAUCCCUCACCGAGUGUCGCCACUAAACUUCCGCUACAACCCUCGUUUGGCCACAACAAUGUCGUCGCCGCCAAAUCUCCACAGCCUGAAUUCAGACUCAACUCCACCGCCUCUUAACAGCCCUUCCGGUUCGACACCACCUAUCUCCUCCCUUCCAUCCCCACAAAACCAACCACCUUUCACAACUCUCCCUCUCUUCGAUUAUGAUUUCUUCCAUGAAAAAAAGCGGUUCAAGCAUGAUGAAAACCAUGGAAACAUCAACAACAACAACAACUUCAUGUUACGAUUUUUACCUAUGGAAAACUAUUCGAAUCGAGUAGCACUCGAUGUUGCUUCUUCGUCAAGCAACAACCUUUAUCAGCCCUAUAUUGAUUCCGGGUUGUUCUAUCCGUUCAAAACGGACCAAGAUGGGAGCUCGGGUGAUGGUCUGUUGGAGGAUAUGCUGCAAGAGGCUCAUAUGUUGGCCGUCAAAGCCAAUGGCGGUGGCAACGAGGAAAUGCCAAAGGAGAUGAAUGGUACCGCAACUCAACAAGAUCAAGAAGAAGAAGAAGAAGACUACUCAAAGCUAAUCAACGACGAUGGUCCAACGUCCAUGGGCAUGGCGAUCAACGAAUGGUGCAACGACAGCGGCGAAAGCUCCGAACGGCAACCCUCGGCUAUCACAGAUACUGAAAAUCAACUGGCUCUUGCCAAUGUUCAAUCCCGGGGCAACUUUCCGUGA